AAUAAUUUUAAUAAUAAUAAUAAUUAUUAUUAUUAUGAUUAUUGUUGUUGUUGUUGUUGUUGUUGUUGUUGAAGGAAAUACACUUGACACACACAUAAAAACCAAAUCUGAUCUGGAAGUAAUUUCUCAUUUAUUCGUCAUGAAAGUUGCACUGCUCGGAACAUCGUAAACUAACAUACGCGAUUAAACAACACCCGAUUAAGUAAUUUUUUUUGUUUGUUUGAUUGCCAGCUGUAUAAAAAAAUAAAAAAUAAAAAUAAAAAAACAAUUCAAGAAAGUGCGCCGGUUUCACUUUGCUGCCUGACCGGAGCAUUCCAUCUGACUAACGACCAUACGUCACUCAGAGUUCCCAUAAGGCACCCUUUAAAAACUAAAAUCAAAUUACAACACCACAGCAGAGGAAGAGAAUAUCUACGCAGCACAGCUUCUCUCAUUGACUGUUCUGUUGCACCCAAUCAUGUCCUCAGUGUCACUCAGCUCUCAGCUGAACAAGGUUCAGCUGCAGCGCUACCUCUCCCUGCCCCAGCGUGGCCUGUGUCAGGUGACCUACGUCUGGAUUGAUGGCACCGGAGAAGGUCUGCGCUGCAAGACUCGAACACUGGAUAGUGAGCCCAGCAGCAUUGAGGAUAUUCCAGAGUGGAAUUUUGAUGGCUCUAGCACAUACCAAUCAGAGGGCUCUAACAGUGACAUGUACCUGAUCCCUGUGCGGAUGUUCCGGGACCCCUUCACCCGUGACCCCAACAAGCUGGUCCUCUGUGAGGUGCUGAAGUACAACCGCAAGCCCGCAGAGCAAAACACACGAUUCACCUGCAAUAAAGCGAUGGAGGCAGCACAGCAUUUUCAGCCUUGGUUUGGGAUGGAACAAGAGUACGUCCUGCAAGGCAUGGAUGGACACCCCUUCAGCUGGCCCCAGGGUGGGUCUCCAAGACCCCAGGGCCCAUACUACUGCUCAGUGGGCGCGGACAGGGCGUUCGCCCGAGACAUUGUGGAGAGUCACUACAAGGCCUGCAUGUACGCUGGAGUGAAGAUCUACGGUACCAAUGGAGAGGUCAUGCCCUCUCAGUGGGAGUUCCAGGUGGGCACGUGUGAAGGUAUAGAGAUGCCGGACCACUUGUGGAUGGCUCGCUUCCUGCUGCACCGCGUGUGUGAAGACUUUGGGGUGAUCGCAAACCUGGACCCCAAACCCAUGCCGGGAGACUGGAAUGGGUCUGGCUGCCAUACCAACUUCAGUACAGAGGCCAUGAGAGAAGAGGGAGGGAUGAAACACAUAGAAGACGCCAUUGAGAAGCUGGAAAAGCGCCAUGCCCACCAUAUCCGCUGCUACGACAUGCACGAUGGUGAGGACAACAAGCGCAGGCUGACAGGCGCCCACGAGACCUCCAGCAUCGACCAAUUCUCUGCGGGAACCGCGAAUCGAGGCGCCAGCAUCCGUAUCCCACGUGAGGUGGGCAAGGACGGCCGGGGUUAUUUUGAGGACCGCCGCCCCGCUGCCAACUGCGACCCCUACGUGGUGACAGAGGCCAUGGUCCGUACCUGUCUGCUGGGGGAGACUGAGAGUGACUGAGGCUCUGUGGGGGUGGGGGGACUGUGGCCAGUGACAGUGUGACAGUGCCGCAGAUUCUUUAGACUCAACGGUUAAGUUAUAGGAUGCACUAUAAGGCUGUUUGUUUUGAUGUUGCAUUGCUGGUGGCCAAUGAGGUCAUGGUCAUAUUUAACGUUGCAAAAAUUGCAUAUAUAUUAUUUGCUAUUAAAAGAUGUAAAUGGAAAUGGGUGAGAUUAGGGUAUCUUAAUCAGGAUUACCUGAUUUUACAAUUCAUUCAUCCUCAGGUCCCCACUGCAUUAGUUCCUUUGAAUUCCACACGAGGCAUCUACAGGUUACAAGCUGUUUUAAGAGAGAGAACAGCCAAUAAUCUGACUUUACCCCUGGAGCACUGUGAAUAAAGCAAAUAAAGCUUUCUAUUGGGAUCUUGCAAUGCUUACAAUGCCCCUGUAAAUAUUAUGAUAAAUAACAACACAAGUGUCGGACACUGAAAGGCUCAAAGAAGCGGGAGUAAUUAUUUUGUUCAAGUCUGAGUCAUCGCCCGCUGUUUAUAGAACAAUGUAUUUUUUCCAACUGCAUUUUUGCUUGUUAGACAAGUAAGGUUAUUAGACAGGUCUGGAACUAUUGCUCAUGUUAAACAUGUGAAUGUACUCCUGUUUCUCCUAUACUGUAAGUCACCCUAGAUAGGAGCAUGUGCUACUAUACUAUAUUCAGUGACACUGAACAUACUGUCUGAAUGACAUAUGUCUGGAAAUUAAUCUUCAGUUUAACAGUACUUUACUAUGCUAUGCAAGACAAUAGAAUAAAUAUGAUUUA